AUGAGAGAGGUCCACGUAGAUCUGUACAUCCGCGGGCGGGGCAAGGGUGGCAAGGGGAAGGGCCCGGCGUGUUCGUUCGCGGCGCAGCUGCUGGGGUGGCACGCGGACCGCCUCGACGUGGCGGCGAUUAAGAGGCGACACGGGCUGAAGGCGCUCUUCGCGCUCUCGUCGACAGGAGUGCGCGGGUUAGAGCUGGUUGCGAACCCGCGCAAUGGGCUUUCGCUGACGACCUAUACCGGCAAGCCCGGCAGCAGAAUCACGCUUGAUGGGGAGCCGCAGGAGCCUUUCUUGAGUCGCUCCCUGGUGGCAGCAGGGGGUCUUCUCUUCUCCCUUGGCCUACUGCUCCUUCUCGUUUCCCACAACCCCCACUUUGCCAGCCUGCUUGCAACGCAUAACAAUGCCCCAUCCUCACCGGUCAUGCUCUUUGGUGUAGGGGUUUUUGUGCUUAUAUUCUGGAAAAAGUUCACUGAAUGCUUUACGAGAUUUGACCAGAAUCCGUGGGGCUGCCGACGACCGUCGGAUCGACCUCGGAUGAGCAGCAUGAGCGGGCGAUCGCACCGCACGGUGUAUGUGGGCAACCUGCCCGGCGACACGCGCGAGAGCGAAGUGGAGGACCUUUUCGCCAAGUACGGCAAGAUUCUCGACAUUGAGCUCAAGCUUCCGCCCCGGCCCCCUGGCUUCGCGUUCGUGGAGUUCGCGGACCCCCGGGACGCGGAGGACGCGAUUCGCGGGCGGGACGGGUACGACUUUGACGGCAACCGCCUGCGCGUGGAGCUCGCGCACGGCGGGCGCGGAGGGGGCGGCUUCGGGGGGGGGCGGGGGGACUUCCAGCGCGGACCGUCGCGCCGAACAGAGUACCGCGUCAUUGUGAAGAAUCUCCCUACCUCCGCUUCCUGGCAAGAUCUCAAGGACCACAUGCGGCGGGCAGGCGACGUGUGCUUCGCGCAGGUCUUCAAGGAGAGGGACGGCAUGAUGGGCAUAGUGGAUUACAGCAACGAGGAGGACAUGAAGUAUGCGGUGCGCAAGUUAGACGACUCUGAGUUCAAGAACCCUUUUUCCCGCGGCUGCUACAUUCGAGUGCGUGAGGAGAGCAAGACGGGUCGCGACCGCAGCAGGUCACCUCGUCGCCGCGAGCGGUCCCGUUCCCGUUCACGCUCGCGCUCUGCCUCGGGUUCGCGCUCUCGAUCCCGCUCCAAGUCCAAAUCGCGCUCGCGAUCGCCGAAGAAGAGUGGCUCCAAGUCUCCCUCUCGCUCGCGCUCUCGAUCCAAGUCCCCUGCCAAGUCCCCCGAGCGCGCUCGCUCUCCUGCUGGCAGUGAUGGCAAGGCAGCGUCGGGUUGA